CAGUAGCCAAGCUGCAGCUCCUCAUUACAGAUGGAUAGCGACUGCGCAGCGCAGGUGGCCGACACACAAGAAUUUGCAGCACCACUCACACUAUUCGAUGGGGUGCGCGCGCCCCGGGCUGCCGAUAACUAGAUAACCGUGACCAAUGAUUUAUGAUGCUUGAAGAAGGUCUCUCAAUUUGUUCACUGAAUAGCAGUCUUUUAAAAAUGCGUUUGAAGACCCAUUAAUUUCUUGGAUCUACAGGCUCACUAACUAUGCCCGUCGCUCCCAUUUUCAUUGUAGUUUCGAUAAUUAUUUCCAGGUCAAAAUUUCAGUUUCCUGUGCGGCUUGUUUGUAGGCUACUAAAAAUGGCCGGUGAUGGAGGCGCACUGAAGGAUAUCAAUGAGAUUAAAUCCCAGUUCAGGACUAGAGAGGGUUUUUACAAACUGCUGACCCUCUCGGAUUCACAACAACGAGGCGGACUACCUCGGGGUCUGUCCGCAGGUACCACGGUGGGCCCCGGGGGUGGACCGGGUUCGAUACCCGGUGGUGGUUUAGGUCUGGUGCAGGGGCCCGGAGCUGCCUCCUCCACCAGUGCCGCAGCCAACUCCUCUCCGGCGGGCUUCCUCCCUCCUGUCAGGGUCUCCAUGGUGAAGCUUCAACCGGAGGACCCGAGUGAAGAAUCUGAGAGAGUGUGUUUUAACAUCGGAAGAGAGCUUUAUUUCUACACUUACACAAAUAUCAAGAAGGCUGUGGACCUCAGUAAACCCAUAGACAAGCGUAUCUACAAGGGCACCCAGCCCACCUGCCAUGACUUCAACCAGUACUCUGCCACAGCAGACAGUGUGGCCCUCAUUGUGGGCUUCUCAGCAGGCCAGGUUCAAUACCUGGACCCCAUUAAGAAGGAGACAAGCAAGCUCUUCAAUGAGGAGAGGACGAUAGACAAGUCCAAGGUGACCUGUCUGAAAUGGCUGCCCAAGUCCGAGAACCUGUUCCUGGCCUCUUACGCCAGUGGCCACCUCUACCUCUACAAUGUGGAGCACCCGUGUGGCACCGCCGCCCCACAGUACUCCCUGCUCCGCCAGGGCGAAGGCUUUGCAGUCUAUUCCUGCAAGACGAAGACGCCCCGAAACCCGCUGCUGCGCUGGGCCGUGGGCGAUGGAGGCCUCAACGAGUUUGCCUUCUCGCCAGACGGUGUGCAUGUGGCGUGUGUGGGCCAGGACGGCUGCCUGCGCGUCUUCCACUUUGACUCCAUGGAGCUGCAGGGCGUGAUGAAGAGCUACUUCGGCGGCCUGCUGUGCGUCUCCUGGAGCCCCGACGGCAAAUACCUGGCCACGGGCGGCGAGGACGACCUGGUGACGGUGUGGUCGUUCUCAGAGAGCCGCGUGGUGGCCCGGGGACAUGGCCACAAGUCCUGGGUGAACGUGGUGGCCUUUGACCCCUUCACCACCAGCCUGGAGGACGAGGAGCCCAUGGAGCUGAGCGGCAGUGAGGAGGACCUACAGCAGGGGCCGCUGCACUUUGGCCGUGUGCGCACGAGCAGCACGCUGUCACGCCUCUCCCGCCACAGCUCCAAGGGAGGCUCACCCUCCGUCACCUACCGCUUCGGCUCGGUGGGCCAGGACACCCAGUUCUGCCUGUGGGAUCUGACAGAUGAUGUGCUGUACCCGAGGCUGCCGCUGUCCCGUGCCCUCACUAACACCUUCGGCCCCACCAUCCCUCCCACGGUCAGCAGCACAAUCAACAACACUACAGGUGGAGGGGUCGUAGGAGGAGUUGAGGGCCACCACCACCCCACCACUAACCCCCACCAGCCAACCCCCAUGCCCCUGCCACUUCCCCGCUCCCUGUCGCGCUCCAACUCCCUCCCCCACCCCGCCGUGGCCAACGUCUCUAAGGGCCAGAGCACGACGGAGGGCGGGGGAGGGAGCGCAGGGGGCAACGCCACCCCCUUCAGUAUCGGCCGCUUCGCCACGCUCUCCCUGCAGGAGCGUAAAUCAGACAAGUCUGGAGGGAGCGGCGUGGGCGGGGAGAAGGAGCACAAGCGGUACCAUAGCCUGGGAAACAUCAGCAAGAGCAACGACAAGAUCAACGUAGCGCCACGCAGCAGUCGCCUGGACGCCGCCAAGGUCCUGGGCACCACCCUGUGUCCGCGGAUGCACGAGGUGCCCCUGCUGGAGCCCCUGGUGUGUAAGAAGAUCGCCCACGAGAGACUGACCGUGCUGGUGUUCAUGGAUGACUGCAUCAUCACCGCGUGCCAGGAGGGCCUCAUCUGCACCUGGGCACGGCCGGGUAAAGUGAACUUGACAGCACAGAAUGGGAACUCGCCCAGUGGCACGGUGGUAUAGCUGGAAGUGGAACUUUGCACCCCUCACCAAACCCCCAUCAUGGCUGAAGAGGGGCCAGCAUCUGCACCGUAUCAUCCCAGUAUUGACCCCUGAUGUAUCCCCUUGCCUCUCACCGCUCCUCUUUAGGAAGACUACAAAACAAAAACUGGGACCGUCCCCUCUCCACCCUGCAAACACAAAAUUGUAUUUUAUUUAUCUUAUCUCAAGACUGAAGUAAUUUAUAUUGUAAAUAAUACGAAUACUCUAUCAAGAGGACAAAGAGUAUCAAAAUAUUGACUGAAGCGAGUGGAAAAAAAUAUUACUAUAUGAAAAUCCUAUAUUGUACAUAGCGACACAGUUAACAUUGAAUGUCUGCAGUUAGGGACCUGAAGAUGGUGUUUUUGUGUGAUAGAGUUCCUUGAUUUGUCGUGUCUCUUGAAGCAAACUGGUUUGUCGAUGGAGAUGGAUGCAUUUAGGGUCUCCGGCAUCAAAGACUUCACCCUUGUGCAGGUACGGAGAGCAAUCUUCCUAUGGCUGCUACUGUACUGUCCGCUCCCAAUGAUACUUGUUCCCAACAUUACUGCACAGUGACACACCGUACGCUUUCAAGCAGUGUAGCAUCCAUUAGCCUCCAUUCCCCCUCACACCUGUAAUGCCUCUUGCAAGAUUUUGCACAUUUCAGUCCACAAAAGGAAACUGGAGGCAAUUUGUCCUGUGAUUUUCCUUUUGUUAAUUGACAUGGCUUUUUUCAUGUCAUUUUAAGCUACUGAUUCUAACUCUGCUGGAUUAUUCUGUGUUCGUGACAUCCAUGAUAUUCUACCAACCUGGAUAAAUGACAAUGAUCAGUGGGUCUUGCAUCAAACCAUUAUUUUACCUAGAAAUGAAAUUUCAUGUGUGGGAUGAGAGGUUCGUUAUGCUGAAAGGCAUGCGACUGAUGAGUCAAAGCAACCGGUGUAAAAACCAGACUAGAAAUGGUGGUGGACCAACUAAAACAAUUUGUAGAGAAGUGACUGUUUAGGAUCUGGCCAGUUAUGAUAACACUGUUAAUGGUAUGUACACUGAAGACUACCCAUUAUAGUAGUGUGUGUAUGCCCUAAUAACAGUUAUGUGAAAUGGCAGAAGGUGACACUGAAGAAUACCCUCUGAAGGCCUUUUUCAAUACUGCAAGAGAAUGGGAACCAACCAUUUUAUUCCAGGGGAAGAAAAUCCUUUCCAUUUGUUUUUCUUUUUGACCAUAGCAUGUAAUGUCUUUGAAAUUCCGUGUGCAUUACACACACACUUACACCUGAGGUGGCAAAUUAUCACAGUAUUAAGUUUGUAUUUAGGGGGAUCUGUUAUUAAAAUUCUAAACCCAAAUGCUA